AUGGCGAGCGAAGGAGCAAUUGUAACAUCCGCAAUGGUUACAGCUCAGUUCCUAGAAAUGGGUGGUAACACUCUAUUUAAAGCAGCCACCAAUGAUGGAAUGAGUAUUUAUGUUUUCAUGUUUUACUCAAACCUUUUUGCUCUAUGUUUUCUUCUACCUUCCACUCUUUUCUACCAUAGAAAAAGAGCUCCUCCUCCUAUUUCAUCAUCAAUUUACUGCAGAUUGUUUCUUCUCAGUUGCCUAAGUACUUUAGUGCAGAUUUUGAUGAACACUGGAAUUAGAUGCAGCUCUCCCACGUUGUCAUCCGCUAUGGUUGACCUUGUCCCAGCUUUUACCUUCAUACUUGCUGUAAUUUCAAGGAUGGAAAAUCUAAAUUUGAAACAGCAUAGCAGCCAAGCUAAAAUUAUUGGUACAGUGGUGUCCAUAGCAGGAGCAUUAACUUUGACAUUAUAUAAAGGGAUAUCAUUGAUUAGUGAUGCAUUUCAAAAUAUAAAAAUGGGAGCAAGUGAUACGUACCUGACAGAGAAUUCACAAUGGAUACUUGGUGCUUUUAUUCUUGCCGCUGCUAGCUUUUGCCUUUCUGUUUUAUAUAUUGUCCAGACUUGGAUUAUCAAAGAUUAUCCUGAAGAGUUAUUAGUAACAACCAUUUGUUGUAGUAUGGUGGUAAUCCAAUCUGCAAUUGUAGCUUUCAUUGCAGACAGAAAUUCUAAAGUUUGGAUAUUGAAACCUGAUAAGAAGUUGGUAUCUAUAUGUUAUUCAGCCGUUUUUGUGGUUUCAAUGAGGAGUGUUGUAUACACAUGGGCGUUUCGUAAGAAAGGACCAAUAUAUGUAGCCAUGUUCAAUCCUUUGGGAAUGAUCAUUGCACUUGCCAUGGGGGUAAUAUUUUUGGGAGACAAUCUUUAUCUUGGAAGUAUGAUUGGAGCUGCUAUAAUAGCCAUUGGAUUUUAUGCUGUAAUGUGGGCACAAGCUCAAGAGGAACACAAAACAUGCCAAGAUAAUAUUUUCACAUCUUCUUUGGCCCCUCUUUUGUCAGAUUGA